AUGGAUACAAAAAUUAUGUACGUGGAUCGACCUUUUUCACCUGUACCUAGGGUACGGACAAAAUAUUGUCUUGGAAAGGAUGGACGACUCCGGUCUUACAGUGACUUGAAUGAAGGAUGCUGUAAUGGUGGAAUUUAUAAUAAAACUGUUGGAGCAGACAACUUUGCAUGUUGUGACGGCAGUUAUCAGGUUUAUAAUAUACGAACACAUUUCUGCUGUGAGAAUCAACUAAGGAGAAUCCAGGACGAAAAACAAAGUUACGAAUGCUGCCAAAAUGAAUUAAAAGACAAAAAGAUAGGCGUUUGUUGUGAAAAUGUUUAUUACGAACACGGAAGAAAUGGAGAAUGUUGUGGACAACUAUUAAAUAAAAGAAACCAGUAUUUUUGUUGCAAGGAUAAAAGUUCUAUUUCUGCAAAACUUCAUCAGAAGACAUCAAACCAGAAAUGUUGCGGAAUAAAUUCGUACAACAAGAAAACUAUCAACAAGGAGAAUGGCUGUUGUGAAGGUGUACCUUAUUCUGCAGUAACAUCAGAUUGUAGCUAUGGUCAUGUUGUUCCAAAGGGACAUGCAUGGUGUAGUUCAGACACAAUUAUUGGUGAACAGUAUAAGUGCUGCGAUGGACUGGAGCUGGACACUUCUAAAUAUGUAUGUUGUGGUGAAGAAAAGAUUUCCAAGAUUACUGGUUACGAAAAUAAAUGUUGUUUAGUGAAUGGUAAUAUAGAACUAUACGAUGCCUCCAAGCAAAAUUGCACUCAAAAAGACGUUGUUAGUCAACUGAGUGUUACAAGUUCCAAAACAAGUAAACCAGAUAUGUGUGGAUGGAAUACCUACAACAGAUUUGUUGAUUUGUGUUGUCAAGGAGUACUUGUUGAGAAAGGAAUUGUUAAUGAGAUGCAAUGUUGUUGUGUUCGGCCUUAUUUUACUACAAAUCAAACUUGCCUGGAUGGAGUUAUGCGUAAUAACAGGUAA